AUGAAGAACACCACAGCCAAGGGCCUCAAAUUCAUGGUCAAGAUUGGAGGGAAGAAGUACAUUGUAAACCAUGGCACUGCGGUGGCUACCCUCAAUGCUGGGCACAUCAUUGCCGGGUUCGGGAAGGGAGGCUACAAAAAGCUUUCUGCGCACGAUGGGGCAUCAGAGAAAGGGUUGGUCUAUCACUUGACACCAACUUCACAGGUCUUGAGCAAUGGCACCCUUCACAACCUGAAGGACUUCUUGGCUGCCAAGCGAGCCCAGGAACCAAACAAAGGUAUUGCUUAUCACACCGUGACUGACACCGGCAAUGCCAGUGACCCAAGUGCUAUUGAGCUUGCCUUGGAUGUCCGCGUGGAGUUUGCCCCCCAGGCAAAUGUGAAAGCUGAAGACAUCAAGUCUGAGGAAAGCAUGGCCAAAGUUGGAGCAGACCAGCUCUCAGCUGCCAAUUUGGUGCCUCAUGAUGGGUGGGACCAGCCGGAGUUGUGUGGCUUGGUUUGGUGUGUCCGUUGGGCACCACAGGGCCUGAUGCCCAUCAGGCCUGUCAUCGCGUUGAAGCAAGAGGUUCAGAUCCAGCCUGGCACAGGCAUUUUGCUGUGA